UAACUUAGUCAUGACGAGAUUACAUCUGGCUCCGCUAAUCAUCAUUUUGAGUUUCAUUAUGUUAGAUUCUACGAAAGUAAGUUUUUUUUAAUGUUCAACAUUUCAUUUUAAUAGUACAGUAUAAAAUAAUACAUUCCUACUGUGGUACUAUAGGUUGACGAUGAAAUGUUUACAAAUCCUUGGUCCAGCAUUAAAAAAAGUGGACUGAAAAUAAUACAAUUUAAUUCAAAUGGUCGAUUGACAACACGACCCGUGCCAAGUACUAAUUUAAUAACAAUAAAAUCAAAGACACAAGAAAUGAAAGGCAAGAAAAAAAACACUAAGGAGAUCGAUGAGAAGAAGAUUCAAUGGAAUGCCACCUAUUUUAUGGAUGAGUUAAAAAACUUUGUGGAUACUAUGUAUGCGACAGUCCGAAAGCCUAAGAAAUUGAAAGUACUAACAACAUGCAACAAAUCUAGAUCAGUUUGUAGGUUCUUGGCGUGUCCUGAUAUAAAAACGCAUUGUAUUUUAUGCGAAGCUUACUUACGCAAAGCCCCUGAUCUUAACACUACAAACUGUGAAGAAUAUGACACGAGUUUCCUUUCCUAACAGAGCACUUGCAAACCCAGGAGGAAGACGUAAUUACAUUAUUUCUGAAAUGUUUUAAAUAUUGCACUUUACAUGUUGUAAAAUGUAGUUUUUUAUUUGGUCGUUUCUUACUCAUUAAGUCAACAUUCCCUGAGGGAUCUUAUCUGCCCAAAGAUAAACGCUCCUAGACGAGGUAUAUAAAGGUAAGCCGGAACAAGUCAAACAUUUAUUCUCGUUAUUAAUAUCCAUCCUACCUGCCGCCAUGUUGGCGUCUAAAGUUUUUGUCGCGGUUCUUUUCUUGUGUUUUGUGCAUCAGUGUGUGAGUAAACCGGCUACAGAAAAUGAGGCAACGGAAAGGCCAGGAUACUUAAGGUCUUUUUGGUCAUGGAUUACGUCUUGGUGGAGUUCAGAGGAAACCGUGCAGCCCGUUACUGAACCACUCAUACAGUCGACGACAUCAGGUCCUAACAGUGUCGGCGUUAAUGUCACCCAGAUUACUAUAUGGUGUAAUGACCAAACAUGCACCACAAUGAAAUGUGACAAGACUCAAUGCAGAAAUAUUACUUGUAGUCUAUACGAUACUGACUUCAGAGGGGAAUGCAGAGAGUAUAAUGCCAUUACAGAGUCAAACAACAACGAUAUACAAUCAACAGAGGCUACAUCAUCUACAACCGAUAGUGGUGUUCAAAGCAAACCAAUAAAUACACCUAGUGUUGAUAACUCCCCAGCAGUAAACGCACCCGCUGAUUCAGAAACAGGUGCGGUUGUAGAUGCUGCAGUAGACAAACAGCCUGAACAACCACCUAUUGAAAAUGUACAGAAUGUGACACCCGAAAAUAUUCAGAUCAAAGUAAUCUCAGGAAAUAGCGAUGUCAAAGCUUCUACGACGAAUUAGUGAAUUUAAUAGGAAAUUGAGUCGGUUUAUGGAUAUGAUAUCUGCAGAAGAGAGGUGAACCAACUCAUUCAUAUUUAAACAACAACCCGUAAAAUUACUUCUCCACCUAUUUAGUAUAGAUAAUUCCACCGUCUUACUUGGCGGAAACUUUCUUAUCUUUACAAUUAACAUUAGAUAAGAGACAAAGCUUAGUGUAUUUUGUAGAUCCUUAAGUUAUGUCCAGAGUAACGGAAAACGAAUAAAAAAACGUGUCUAAAAGCUAUUUAGAUGUAAAUUAUGCAGUGAACUCAUUUUAUGAAUAUGAAUUGUAAACAAAUAGUAAAAUUAAAUAAUUUUAAUCGUAUGCAUGUACGUGGCUAACAUUA